AAAUUGAGCCCAAAGUCAAUUCACUUUGAGCCUUGCACGUCUGUCUGUAUAGCUCUUGGAUUCUCUAUUUAUCCCUUUUUCAUUUGGCCUUCUUUCAAGUCAAGAGCAUCUUCUGCAGGGAGGCUGCAUUAACUCCUCUUCCAACUACUUCAAUAGCUAACUCGGGCAGCAGAAUUGAAGUAGUGCAUGCCCGCAGUGAAAGAAAUUAGCAAGCUAAGCUAGGUUUGGUUUGGUUUGGUUUUCUCAUCAUCAUCAUCAUCAUCUUGAAGAAUGAAGAUGCGGCAGCGCCGCUCUCCUCGCCUCUUCUUCGUAUUCGUGUACGUGACGUUGUUCCUGGGCCUCCAGAUCUGUGCCAGCGACGAUGCUGAUGACGACAUUGUAAAUGCGGCCAAGAGACUCAACUUCGAGAACCAGAGUCUCCGGGACGCCUACAUUGCGCUCCAAUCAUGGAAGGCAGUCAUGCUCUCCGACCCCUUAAACUUCACGCUUAAUUGGGUCGGACCGGACGUGUGCUCUUAUACCGGAGUAUACUGCGCCCCUUUGCCCACUUCCAAGGCUUCUGUGAAAGUGGUGGCGGGUAUCGACCUCAACCAUGCAGACAUUGCGGGGCAUCUCGUCCCUCAACUCGGCCUUCUCUCUCAUCUCGCCCUCUUCCACCUCAACUCCAAUCGCUUUUGCGGUGUGGUCCCCCGGAGCUUCAAAAACAUGACUCUCCUUCGGGAGCUGGAUCUCAGUAACAAUCGCUUUGCAGGCGGAUUCCCUAGGGCCGUGCUUUCAAUGCCUUCUCUCAAGUUUUUAGACCUCCGUUUCAAUGAGUUUGAGGGCCCCGUGCCCUCCAAGCUCUUCGACAAGGACCUGGACGCUUUAUUCCUCAACGACAACCGAUUCCGUUUCGGAAUCCCUGAGAAUCUGGGCAACUCCCCGGUUUCCGUCCUGGUUUUCGCCAAUAACGAUCUAGGGGGGUGUAUUCCGGCCAGUAUUGCCAAAAUGGGGAAAACAUUGAACCAACUCAUUCUGUUGAAUGACAAUCUCACAGGAUGCUUGCCUCCUCAGAUCGGAAUGCUGAAGAAGUUGACGGUGUUUGAUGUGGGGUUCAACAAGAUUCAGGGGCCGCUACCGUCUUCCGUUGGGAGCAUGAGGAGUUUGGAGCAACUGAAUGUUGCUCACAACCGCCUCACCGGCGUGAUUCCAGCCAGCGUGUGCCAACUUCCUCGGCUGCAAAACUUCACCUAUUCCUUCAACUACUUCACUGGAGAGGCUCCGGCGUGUGUGGGCAGAGAUGGUCGGGAGAAUUGUAUUCCGGGGAAGAAGGGUCAAAGAUCUGCAAGGGAAUGCUCGUCGGGUGAUGCUAAACCUUUUGAUUGCCGUAAAUCCUCCAAGUGUGGCGGAAGCAACAACUUCGCUUCCUCACCAAAAAGUAAAACCAAGUCAAAGAGAAGAGCGAGGCCGAGUCCUCCUUCAAAAUCCUCACCGGCACACCCUCCACCGCCUUCCAAAUCUUCAUCUUCAUCACACACUAGAUCACACCCUUCUCCACCUCUGCUGUCGUCUCCGCCACCACCCACCCAAAAAGUUCACUUUCCACCACCACCACCCACCCAAAACACUCACCAAGCACCACCGCCGCCUCCAAAUGACUAUGUUAAAUUUCCCCCACCUGAACAUAGCUCCAUAACUCCACCUCCAUCAAGUUAUCACAGUAGUUACACUUCACCACCGCCGCCGCCGCACUCAAAUGAGUAUGUGAAAUCCCCUCCACCUCCACCCGCCACCCAUUACACUUACACUUCUCCACCUCCACCCACUUAUCACACUUACACAUCUCCGCCACCUCCGCCUUCAAAAUCACCUCUAAUUCACCCAUCACAUCCUCUUCCGCUUUCACCGCCGCCUCCAAGUUGCAACGACUCACAAUCUGUUCCACCGCCACCGCCAUUGCAUCAACACAUUCCUCUUCCUCCCGUCAAAGGCGUUCCGUAUGCAUCUCCCCCACCUCCCGUUAUUCCCUACUAUUGAUCCAGAUUUGGCUACAGAGGGAAACAAAAUCUCACUUGACUUUCAACAAGUGGACAAGGAACUAUGACUACACUAAAUUUGUUUGUUCGUUCUUGUUUUAAUUUGGCUUUUUUUUUUUUU